UUAUCUCCGCUCCAUUAUUUGAUACACCGCUUCUGGUAACACACGCUCAAAAUCAACUUGCUGUGGUGUAACGCCGAUACUGUAAUACCUCUUAAAACUCAGCAUCAAGGUGGAUUAAGGCCAGACUUUCAGAUUUGUGGGGCGGUCAUUUGUCGACAGUUUAGAGUGUGACGGCGCGCCGGUCGGUUCCUCCUCUUCCUCCUCCUCCUCCUCCUCUCCUCCUCCUACUCCUCCACCGUCGCCCUCGCCUGCUGCUGCUUGUGGUGGUGGUGCGCUGUGAAGUGUGUGCUCGCUAAAGGCCCUCCUCCACCUGUACCUCCUCCUCCACCUCCACCUUCCUCCUCCUGGUCGCCGCCCGCGUGCAGGUCGCCGCGACGCGAGGACAGGACCUGCCAGCCUCGCUCGACUCCUCCACCCACAAAAUGGACACUCUAACAGGCGGCCUCAGUGACGGGCUCUACGACCUCGUACCCAGCGCCCACCACGCCGCCCACGCCGACACCACCCACGCCCACACGCACGCCCGCGAUGGUGACGGCACGGCCUCGCUGACAGCUGCCGCCCACGCCCAUCAGCAACACAACCCUGCUUCCUCCGCCGCCCGCCUCACCGUCCUCUCCACCUCACGCCCACACGACCAGACGCCCAGAGACGUGGGGGAGAAGCCGUCACAGUCGUGCUCGGCGGAGUCUGACGAUGACAAGAACAAGAAGAAGCGGCAGCGGCGCCAGAGGACUCACUUCACCUCGCAGCAACUGCAGGAGCUGGAGGCAACCUUCGCCCGGAACAGGUAUCCGGACCUCAGCGCCAGGGAGGAGAUCGCCCUGUGGCUCAACCUGAAGGAGGCACAAGUCAGGAUUUGGUUCAAGAAUCGGCGGGCCAAGUGGAGGAAGCGGGAGCGCCAUGCCAUGACGGCGGGGAUGCCAGGGGACCUGAAGGGCGGCUGGGGCGCCCAGCUGAACGGCCUGGCCUGGCCUGACGACGGUCUGUACUCCGGCUACUCCUACAACAACUGGGCCAAGGUCACCCCGCCGCCGCGGGCCAAGAGUUUCGCCUGGGGUUUCAACAGCGUCAACAUGAACCCGCUCAUGAGCCAGCAGCCGUCGGCCAUGUCGCCCAUCAACUGCUUCCAGACGCCCACACAGGGCAUGAGCAGCUCCACCAACCUCAUGCCCACCACCAUGUCCUCGUCCCUGGGCUCCAGCGCCGCGCCCUGCCCCUACCCCGCCCCGACGCCGCCCUACGUCUACCGUGAUCAGACCACCAUGUCCUCCUCCAUCGCCUCCCUCCGCCUCAAGGCCAAGUCACACUCCCCCGCCUUCUCCUACACGAGCGGAGGGGACACGCGGUCGCCGCCCGCCCCGGACAACAACGCCUUCUUCACCACCACCGCCGCCCCCACGGACAAGUUCUCCUGUAUGAACACCGUCAUCGCGUAACGUGCCGGCCAUCGCCCGCCCCGCCCCACCGCGGACGCCAACCCUCACCGCCUCUAAGGUCGCUCGCGGGCUCGGCGUCGUGGGGCUUCGGAGGGCGUCGCUGACUUCGCAGGAUAUCCGGUCCUGGCGGCUGUAGGAUGAACGCCAGGCCGCCGCCGCCUCCACAGGCUCGGGAGGGUCCGGGGCAGCCACUCGGCACGCAGGGGACGAGAAGCGGCAACACCACAAGGAGCAACAAUAGCGGCACCACUCCCGUCACCACAUCACACCAGACCCAACACGCCGCUACAACAAUAGCAACAACACCGCCGCCGCCGCCGCCGCCGCCGCCGACACACCACCAACACCCCCCACGGCGCAAGUCGCUCAUUACUGUAUAUAAAAAGUUGAAAGCUCUUAAUCUGAACCAGGAGUCCCCACCCCACCCCUGCCCGGCAACUCCCCACCCUGCCCACCCUGCCUCAGCCCACCGUGCUCUACUCACUGGACCCACCAAUUCCUCUCCCCUCCCUCCUCCUCAUAACUUGAUCCACAGAGCCACGCACACCAUGAUUCCUGACCACGGCGGGGGCGGGGUGGGACGGGGAGGGGUGAGGGGAAGAAGAGCAUUCACACGACGCAUCUUCACCACACAACCACCACCACCACCACAAUGACGUCACCACCGCUGCAUCACCACACGCACUACCAACUGUGUGUGUGUGUGUGUGUGUGUCGCCGUGAGCUGGAGAGAACAUCAGAAGUGUCAUGUUUUAUUUUACUUCGAGAAUGAAAUACGAGUGACAUAUCCUCCUUCCUCCUUCCUCCUCCUCCUCCUCCUCCUCCUCCUCCUCCUCCUCCUCCUCCUCCUCCUCCUCCGCCGCCGCCGCCGCCGUCAAGCUAUAUAGUACAUACCUAUAAAUAUAUAUUACCAUAAUCCUCAAGGCUACGAUGAUAUAAAAAAAAAAAAAGUCAAUUCCACGGCCUGACAUUUCCAUUUUUUCUUUAUAUUUCAUGAUGUAAAUAAACCUUUAAACUAUAGAACUGUAUCCCGCCGUGUGUGUGUGUGUGUGUGUGUGUGUGUGUGUGUGUGUGUGUGUGUGUGUGCGCAGGGACGACAUUAAAAAGUGAUUCCAUGAUCCGUAUUUCCCACACACAAAAAAAGUGAUUAAUUUAUAGUCGAAUGUAAUUAAUUAAAAGUAAUGAGUGGUGGAAGUAAUUGUUUGUGUGUGUGUGUGUGUGUGUGUGUGUGUGUGUGUGUGUGUGUGUCUGUCUGUCUGUCUGUCUGUCUGUCUGUCUGUCUGUCUGUCUGUCUGUCUGUCUGAGAUUCAUUAGCAAAGUGAUAGUGAACGUAACGAGAGAGAGAGAGAGAGAGAGAGAGAGAGAGAGAGAGAGAGAGAGAGAGAGAGAGAGAGAGAGAGAGAGAGAGAGAGAGAGAGAGAGAGAGAGAGAGAGAGAGAGAGAGAGAGAGAGAGAGAGAGAGAGAGAGAGAGAGAUCGGACAUAAGGGAAAAACUAGUUGUAAUUUCAGAAGGCAUGUCCUUUGAAAGACUGUGUGUGUGUGUGUGUGUGUGUGUGUGUGUGUGUGAGUGUGAGUGUGCACCACCCGCACAUUCCACGCCCCGGGGUACCCCAAAGGGAGCCACCGGGGCCUCAGUGUCUGUAUUAAUGUAUAACGAUUUAAUAAAGAAUAAUUUCAUUA